AAUACACGACGAACAGAGUGGGGGACCACCGAAGAGAGUGCCUCUAUUCGCCUUUGCUUUGCAAUUCGCACGGGGUUAGGAAAUUGGGGUGAGCUCGGAGAGCAGAGAUGGCAGCGGCAGCGAUUUGCAGGGCUUGGCGUGGCUGCGGGCGACAGGUCGUGGCGAAUGCGAGGAGUAGCGGCGGAUUUGGGCAGGGUGUUCGGCACUUGUCUGGCAGCAGAAAUGUGGUUGAAGAGAUUGGGAAUUGCGGCAUUCCUUCUGUUUUUUUUUCGUCGCCAGAGAAGGCGAGAGUGUUGCAGCCUAGAACUUUUGCUUCGCAGCUUUUUUGGUUUCGUCCCGAUCCAGUGCAUUUGGGCUCCGGUGAAGAGUUGCUGAGAUUGGGUGGCGGAGACGAGAUCCUCGCCUCGAUCAGCCCUGCUGGCUGGCCUGUCGAUCCCCGCGCGAUUGAUGAUGCCUUGUGCCCAGGUCUAGAGGAAUCUGAGAGCCCCAUUCAAGCCCACACGAAGCGCACUUAUCAACCAAGUAAUUUGAAACGGAAGAGAACUCAUGGUUUUCUGGCAAGGAAAGAAACUGUUGGUGGACGCAGAGUUCUAGCUCGUAGGAAGGCAAAGGGUCGCCGAAGACUUGCAGUUUAAGGUGACGACAGUAGUGAUCACAUGUCAGUGGUUGAUAGAAACUCCACUUUACACUUCGUGGUAGGACCUUUGAAAGAAAUUUUUCAGUGCACUCUGCGCAUGCGGAUCUCUCAUUUCGUAUCGUGUUGAGGGACUCGUCAUGACUAUUACUCCGAGUAAAAACAUGAAGUUGCAACAGCUUCAGACCAGAUAUGCGUUUCUACAUUGCCUGCGCUUGAUUGGCUCUAUGAAUACAAUCGUAUAUUUAUCAGUAUCAACUGAUGAGUAUAUUCGGUCUGCUGAGGUAAACGAUCACUGUGUCGGCUUACCAUAGGAAGACUGUCAUGGACGGUAGUCAAUCUGAUAAGGUGUGGCAAGUUUUGACCUGGGGUUAAGUCCGUUCUUGUAUAGAUAGGGAAUAGGCAAGUUGGCUCGGAGAGUUCUUGUCAGUACUUCAAUACUGACAUGGCAAACGGAGAAAGACCUGAGAACUAGUGAAAGCAGUCGUGUGAGAUAAAUCACAUGAAUUUGGGGUUGCGAGGUGCUGAUGAUUGUUCCUCUGGACAGUUGCGUCUACGAAUAAACACAACAUUCUUUUCCAGUUUGUGCUUGGAAUUCAGACUAAUGUGCUUUCAUGCAUUUGUCUGUUGGG